GUCGGCUCAGCUUCCUGCUCCUGGCAGGCACUGGAGGCUUCGCCAUGACACUGCCGGUCCACCUCUCCUGCUUUCUGGCCCUGUUGUUAGCAGGCCAAGGCCUGGGCGACUACCUCCUCACUAAGGAUGCAGGUCCCCGACCACUGGAACUGAAAGAAGUCUUCAAGCUGUUUCAGAUCCAGUUCAACCGGAGUUACUCGAACCCAGCAGAGUACACUCGCCGUCUGGCUAUCUUUGCCCACAACCUGGCUCAGGCUCAACGGCUACAACAAGAAGACUUGGGUACAGCUGAGUUUGGAGAGACUCCAUUCAGUGACCUCACAGAGGAAGAGUUUGGCCAGUUAUAUGGGCACCAGAGGGCACCGGAAAGGAUCCCCAACAUGGCCAAAAAGGUAGAGUCUCAAGAGUGGGGGGAAUCUGUGCCCCCUACCUGUGACUGGCGUAAAGCAAAGAACAUCAUCUCAUCAAUCAAGAACCAGGAAAAGUGUAGGUGCUGCUGGGCCAUGGCAGCAGCGGACAACAUCCAGGCUCUGUGGCGCAUCAAACACCAGAAGUUUGUGGACGUCUCUGUGCAGGAGCUGCUGGACUGUGACCGUUGUGGAAAUGGCUGCAAGGGUGGCUUCGUGUGGGACGCAUAUAUAACUGUCCUCAACUACAGUGGCCUGGCCAGUGAACAGGAUUACCCAUUCCAGGGGCACCAGAAGCCCCACAGGUGCCUGGCCAAGAAGUAUAAGAAAGUGGCCUGGAUUCAGGAUUUCACCAUGUUGUCCAGAAAUGAGCAGGCAAUUGCCCGCUACCUGGCCGUCCACGGGCCUAUCACUGUGACCAUCAACAUGAAGCUACUAAAGGUGGGUGGACAGGGGCAGGGUGAGGGCACAUGGGGAGAUGCCCUGGAUUCAGCUCCUCUGUCCCCACCCUUGCAGGAUUACCAGAAGGGGGUGAUCAAGGCCACACCCAGUUCCUGCGACCCUCAACAUGUGGACCACUCUGUCUUGCUGGUGGGUUUCGGCAAGGAGAAAGCGGGCAUGCAGACAGGGACAGUCUUGUCCCAUCCUCGCAAACCUCGCCGCUCCACCCCCUUCUGGAUCCUGAAGAACUCCUGGGGAGAUGGGUGGGGCGAGAAGGGUUACUUCAGGCUCUAUCGGGGAAACAACACCUGUGGAAUCACCAAGUAUCCGAUCACAGCUCUAGUGAGCCUACCAGUUAAGAAGCUACCAAUCUCUUGUCCACCUUGAGGCCAGCAGCCACUGCCCCUUGUCAGCCCCGCCCUGGGUUUCUGCCCGACUGCCACAUCCUCUCUUACGCCUUCAUAAACCGAGACAUGCUCCACA